AUGGAGGGUGUUCCACCUGAUUUGGAACCCGACGUAAUAAUGAAAAAAAAAGGAAAAAAUGCGAAGUUGAAAAACAAGCUCAAAUUCGUUCAGGAUUCUGAGUCUAAUCAAUUGAUUGAUUCUUCCCAAGCUAAAUCGGUCUCUUCCCUUGUCAACAAAUUUGAAUCUGAAGCUCUUCCGAUCAGUUCUAUUAUCCCGUCUGAAGCUGGUAAUGCCGAAAAUUCCAAAUUGGUUAGUAUGGCCUUUGAUUCUCCUCCUGUAGUGAAAAAUGAAGCUAUUCUUCCUAAUUGUUCGAAUUUGAAUCCUCAAUUUCCCCCUGAUGUUGCUAAUUUGAAAAAUCAUGUUAGUCCCUGUUUGUUUAAUACCGAGUGCUCUUCUCCUUCUGUUAUUUUUCAUGGCUCGGUUAAUCCCACAAAAGUUGUGACGGAUUCAAUUGAAGUUCUAAGUCAGUCAGUUGUUGAAUUUGAAAAGGAUAUUGCUCAACUUUGUAGUCCUGGAGAGAAAAAUUAUAUGAUCGCUUUCUGGAAUGGUUUAUCUGUAAAAGAAAAAGAAAGAUUUGUACAUGGUUUGAGAUUUACGAAGAAGAAAUACAACAAUGGAAUUGAAGCUGAUGAAGACAAGAUGGAUGCUAUUGAUGAUGUAAAGAAGAUCUCAUUGGUUAGUCAAAGGAAUGAAAUUUUGAUGAACUGGAAAGAUCUGUCCGAUAAGGAAAAAUGA